AUUCCAUCUCAAGUUGAAAAGGGACUCCCACGGCAUUUUUGCAGGAAUAAUAGCGUCGCAUGGCCUAUGAAAGACUUAGGCUACGAGUAUAUUAAACAACAGCCGCGAUGCCCCGAACCCUGCCAUGGCUUACUGGGGGAGGCAGCAACGGACGAGCCUCGAAAGAUUCCACGCCGCAAAGAUCAAAGAUAAAGACCCCCAAGCCAGAGCCCAAGAUAGGUCCCAGGCCUGAGGACGACGAAACUCCCAAGGGGACUGCUGAAGAUCCUUCUAAGAAGCGGGAUAUAUUCAGAUCUUCCCAGAGCCCCCCGACAUCUCCUAUUCAACGGUGUCCAUCAGAGGAGUAUCUACUCGAGGGUUUCGAUAAAGAUGAUAUAUACAUGAUGGUAGAAGAUGAGUUCUAUGCUGUUGCGCAGACUUUCACUCAGCACCUUCACUACGCCGAAUACGUGCGGCGGAAAAAGGAGGCCAAGCUACAAAACGCAGCUGCCAUCCAGGACAUCGCGCGACCGACAGAUGGGGUAACCCCCAUGAGUGAAGAAGCACUGAGGAAGAAAACGGCCGAUGCCGUGUCGGAGCGCCAGAAGACCGGUUUAGAUCAAAUCGAAAGAAGCCGACCUCGUGUGGAUUCCGAGGAGGAGAAUGAUGAUGAGCUGGACGAUGCCGAAGUGGACAGUUCAUUCGCUGGAACGUCUUUGUACGGUCUCAUGAUGAGUCCGAGAAAGGCACGAUCUUUAAUGGGGAUGCAGGGAAUAAAAUCCACAACUCGAGCUGCUGCUGGCUAUGCUCAAACAUCUGAGUUUGGUGGAGAUCGUCGUUCUCUCUUUUCAUCACCUAACGAUCGACAAGAGAAGCAGCAUCGCGAUGUGGACGAAACUGCAUCUGAAGACGACGAUCUAGACAUAGAGACCAACACAGCACCUCUCAGGCGAGCAGAUAGAACACCAGCAACGACAAACACCAACAGUGCUACUUCACGGGCUACUUCACGAGGCGGUUCUAAUAUAUCUCAAUCUAUGGCAGACCGAAAAGCAAAAGAAACAAUGUCUAUGAGCGCUAAAUACAGAACUCAGUCUGGCUCCACAUCUAAAAGGAGGAUGCUUUUUGACGACUUUGACCGGCUUCCAGAGCCGAAUAAGUCAAAUAUAUCGAUGCAGAGGGGAAAUUCAACGUCUAUAAGUAAAACAUCACAAAAGGGUUCGCAUAGCAAAGGCCCCGACUCGAAAAAGUCGCGCCUAAAUGAAGUCCCAACAUUCUUGCUGUGAAAAUGGUCACGGGUUUCCAAUCAAAACUACUCUCCGUCUAUAACAUAACGGCCACAUUCUUUCCUGUCCGCAGAACGAUUUCUUUCGGUGCACAGAUUACACCGGUUUGAUCCCGAAGAGAUAGAUGUUGCACAAAAUUGCGGUAGAUACGGCUUUAUACGUUGUCGGGCAAGGGUCGAGGGAGCUUGACACUCAUCCUUCGGACGUGAUGUUUGAUCUUAUCUCGUUUAGAUUCGCCUGAUCGCCCGACCGCGGCCUUGUCCAG